UCCGUCAGUGAGGUGGCUACUUGGGCGUGUGCCGCUGGGCGAGUUCCUCUUCCACUUCCUGGCUCUGCUCCCCAAUCCCCAUUCUUGCUGAAACCCUAGCUGCUCCAGUUUGUAUCCUGGAUGGAUCUGGUGUUCCGGAGUUGAGAAUCGAGUGCUAGUUACCUAGGAUUGCAUCAUCAGCCCAUCUUCCAGCUCUCGCGGCGGCGGCGACUUACCGGCCAGCGCCGACGACGCAUGGCUCCUAGGAAGAAGCGCAAGAGUGCCCCGCCAGUGACGGUGAGCACCACCGUCCACGACCUCCCCGACAGUCCCCUACAGCACGUGCUCUCCUUCCUCCCAGCGCAGGCGGCUGUUCGGACGUGCGUGCUCGCCCGGCGCUGGCGCCACCUUUGGAGGUCCACCACAGGCCUGCGCAUCGUAGGCCUUGACGAUGAGGAGAAUGUCCCAGUCCAAGACCUCCGGAAGUUCGUGGAACAUCUGCUGAUGCUGCGUGAGCGCACCGACCUUGAAAGUGUUGAGAUGAAAUUCCACAGUUUCUCGGAUGGCGAAAUGCCCUAUGUGAACCUAUGGAUCCGUUUCGCUGUGAUUUGCAAAGUUCGGGUGCUCACCCUUCAUAUCCUUCAGAAUGAUUACCUCCCCCUAGAUGACCUGCCUCUUGUGUCUCGGCAUCUGAAAACAUUGGACCUUUAUGGUCUAAUCCUAGAAAAGAGCUUUCUUGAUUUUGCUAGCUGUCCAGCAUUGGAGAAUCUGAAGAUGGAUGAUUGCAAAAUCGAUGGUCGUAAGAUAUCGUCCUGUUCCCUAAAGCAUUUGGGCAUCACUGGUUGCCGCUAUGAUCUGGAUUGCCGGCUCAACAUUUCUACUCCAGGCCUUGUCUCUUUGAAACUAGAUUGCUUUGUGGGUAAAACCCCUUUUCUUGAAAACAUGGCGUUGCUACAGACUGCAUGUGUGAAUCUUGGCAAAGGCUGCAAAGAUGUCUGUUUGAAUUAUAACUCUGGCGUCUUCUGUGAAGCUAAUAAGAACGGAUGUGGGAAUUGUCUAUCAAAAAACGAUGGCCGCAGCAAUUCUGUGCUUCUGGGUGGGAUCUCAAGUGCUAAACAUCUUGAACUGAUAUCUGAAUUGGGAAAGUUCAUUUUCACAAGAGAUUUGAAUUGCCACCCUACAUUUAGUAAGUUAAAGACUUUAUUGCUCAAUGAGUACUGGUGCGAGGCUCCUGACCUGGGUCCACUAGCUUGCAUUCUACAAAAUUCACCAGUUCUAGAGAAGCUCACUCUUCAACUUUUCUCCAAGGGACCAGAUCAUAAAGUGGAAAUGAAAGGAAGGUACAGUCCAAUGGAGGGUCCGUCUGCAAUAUCAGAGCACCUUAACACGGUUGAAGUCAAGUGUAAUAUGGUCGACGAGAAGAUUCUCAAAGUCUUGAAGCUCUUGUCUGCAUUUAACAUACGUUUCGGUUUCUUGUAAGGGUGAGAUGAUCUGGAUUGUCGAUGGAUUUACCAUCUCUUGACUAUUCAGAAAUGGAAGGUGCAAGUAUGUGCUGCGACAAGGUUUCUGUCGUUUUGGUGUGUGUGCAUCUGAUGCCAAUUCUACCGAACAAAGGAAUAGUGCAGAAUUCGGAUCAUGUAACUUGUCUACUCUAGACCAUCUAGCUGGACUUUGUUUUAUGGUGUCUUGUAAUUUCUGUUGCACUUUUGGUUCAUGGACUGCAGGUUAGUACGAGCACUCGCUUGGUAUGUCUUUUCUGGCUUCGGUGCAUAACUUGUUGUGUUAUGAAUUAUUCGCCUGCUUUCU